GCCGCCGGAGCUUCUCCCGCGGUGGCGGCGGUGGUGACGGUUGGCGGCGGAGCUCGGCCCGGCUCAGCGGCGGCGGCGGCGGGAGCGACCUGGGUUUCGGCGGGUCCCGCUGCCGAGAUGGCCAAUAUCGCGGUGCAGCGGAUCAAGCGGGAGUUCAAAGAAGUGCUGAAGAGCGAGGAGACGAACAAAAAUCAAAUUAAAGUAGACCUUGUAGAUGAAAAUUUUACAGAACUAAGAGGAGAAAUAGCAGGGCCUCCAGACACACCAUAUGAAGGAGGAAGAUAUCAAUUAGAAAUAAAAAUUCCAGAAACGUAUCCUUUUAAUCCCCCCAAGGUGCGGUUUAUCACCAAAAUUUGGCAUCCUAAUAUUAGCUCAGUCACCGGAGCUAUCUGUUUGGAUAUCCUAAAAGAUCAGUGGGCCGCAGCGAUGACUUUAAGAACAGUGUUGUUAUCCUUACAAGCCCUCUUGGCAGCUGCUGAACCCGAUGACCCACAAGAUGCAGUUGUGGCAAAUCAGUACAAACAGAAUUCAGAAAUGUUUAAACAGACAGCUCGACUUUGGGCGCACGUUUAUGCUGGAGCACCAGUUUCUAGUCCGGAAUAUACCAAGAAGAUAGAAAAUCUUUGUGCUAUGGGAUUUGAUAGGAAUGCAGUAAUAGUGGCCUUGUCAUCAAAAUCAUGGGACGUAGAAAGAGCAACAGAGCUACUCCUGAGUAACUGAACCCCGUGUGCAGAAACUGCCUCAGUGUAGCCCAGCCUGCCUCUUCUUGAGGAACGUCACAUCAUCUCUUCUUUUUAGGUUUCAAUAUAGAUUCUCUUUUAAAACUGGCGUUCUUUGCCUGAUGCUAUCUAGGCCCUGUUGGAGACUGAAAACAAAACAAAACUAAAAAACAAAAUCAAAACUGCUUUGUAAAUAAAGCUAAUUAAACAUCUG